GAACGGCAUCCAAACACUGGCAGGCUACGGAGUUACUUCUGAACCAUCUCAGGCUCACUGUUCACUCUGCCACGCUGCCUCAACCGAAGUGCUUUGCCUCUUGGACGAGUCGCUUUUUCCCAGCUCUUCACUCACAGCGAGCAAUACACUUUUGAAGCUUGUUAGCCCUUUGCAAUAGCUGCUGCAAUUCGCGAUGUUCCUUGCAGAACAGGGGGGCUUUAUAUGUACCAAGGAAGGAUGCCUAUGCUUUAUGACUGUAAUCUCAUCAAAGGGCUGAUGGGGUCACCAGCAAUUUUAAUAUCCCAUGUGAACCAACCAUCACUGCGUGUUUUGAAGCACGUAUAUGUCCCUUACACAAAACAAUAUCUCAAUUCUGGCUAUAAUCCAGCUCGCAACAAUGGUGCACGCAAGCUAAGUCAUCCUGCCAGAAGUCUACAGCAUAUCCCAAACUCAGGCGACAUGGAACAUGUGAUGAUAGUCAUGUGCCAAAGUUCUAUUACUUUAUGCUUGCUACCCAGAGCCAUCAUAACCAGUUUUGCACAACAUCCCAAUGCCUGUCUAUCUGACUAACGCUGGGCCCCCGGACUGCAACUUUUCCCAAUGCCUUAACUGUGUUAUUUACACCAAAGAGCGUAUUAGAUGGGGUCAUCACUGGAGUCGAUUAAACUCGUUCAGCGCCGAUCAGCCGAGGGGAAUAUGAGUUACCUAGAGAUUCCGCCGGAUUCCGUUAUCAGGACUAGCAAAACCACGUGAAAAUCCUAUUGCCACCUUGCAAGGAAAGAAAAGAGAUCAGGCAGGUCCUAGGUACCACAGAUUUUGUAUGUGGUUGGUGAUAUCCCGCCUAUCGCGAGGUUUCACGAGUUCCCCAGACGUGUUCACCGAUUGAGAGCUCUGUGAGAGGCCAAGACUACUUUUGGAGGAAUACAGAUAAGCAGUUGUCUAAGCUGGAAUAACUUGCAAUGGUUAUACCCCGCAAAUUAUAAAUCAUGGUUAUUGUGGAU